AUGAUAAGGCAAAGGUUAUUGGCUUCAUUGAGUCGGCCCUUGUGCCUUCAUAAUCCAGCAAGGAUCAAGAUUAUCUUGCUUCGCAAUGGCCGGUUUGCGAGCACUUCGGCAAACUCGAAUCACGUAGACUUUCAGAAUCAUCAGCACGACCUUCACCAGCUUGAAGCACAAAUCAAGAAUCAUAUCUUAGAAAGUGAAUCUCCUGUAUCAGAACAAACUGUCUUAUCUGCACUACAAGCUUGUACUACUUUGGAAGCGACUUUCGCAGAAUCUUCAAAGGCUGAUAAUCCACUGCCAGAGACUCCCGUCGAAGAAGCUAGAAAGUUACUACGAGGCAUUCUAGAGUCGAAAAAUGUCAAACUCACAACCGACAUGUUAAAGAAGUAUUUUAUUGGACCAUCUCCGUCUAUCGCACCCAGUUCAACAUCAUCUAUAGAGGUUUUGACAGCCUAUAACAAACAACUGGGAACGACGUAUAUCCCUCGGGAAGUAUCUAUCAUCCCCUUUAGACGGGCAGCAUACAAUGCAGAAUUUGAUAAUUCUUUAGCAAUAAUGGAUGCCACUGUGGGAACGAAAAGCUUAUACCACAGAUAUAUUCGCAAGCAAAUGAGAAAGUAUGGUCUUUACUGGGUUGGAGCUACUGGGUCUAUUCUUGCAUCAAUUGAAGCAUUACUACGAAGCGGGCUUGUAGGUGACUGGCCUUCAACAGCGAUGGUUCAAGUAAUGGCAUUUACCUACUUGUCAAGUAUAUCUAUAUAUGGAGUGCUUUCAUCUGCUGGAAGAGUUUCAGGAGCAGGUGAAGUGCUUGAGUGGGUUGGAGGAACUCCAUCCACAUAUAGAUACAGCCAUGCAGCUGAGAUGAAGAUGGCCUCUAUUCUAGCUGGAAUGAACAGUGCACUUCCUGAGAAUCAGGGCGAAUGCUCUUUACAUAUGAUCAAGCAGCUUUUAGCUCGUAGAAUGCAGCCAAUUGAACCUGAGCAAGAAACUAUGAUGAAAGAGUACUGGGCCCGUGGAGGAGAAGGUUUUGAAUGGAUUGAGCCUGAUCAAGAUCCUGCUGAAAUAAUUUGGCGACAGAAAAUGGAGCUUGCAAAAGCCAGCAGAAUUGGAUCUCCAUACACUAGAAAAUACAGCAACCCAGGUGACUGGACGGAUGAGGUGCUUCAUUCCAUCCCGCAUGCUUCUUUAAUAGACACUGGUGAUAAGUCACUCCCGGCCCCAUCGCAAGCCCCUUCCGCAUAA